AUGGCAGAUCAAUUCAUCAGGCAUAUUGAGCUGCUGGGCUUCGAGAAGCGCUUCGUCCCAAGUCAGCACUACGUGUACAUGUUCCUGGUGAAGUGGCAGGACCUGUCCGAGAAGGUGGUCUACCGCAGGUUCGCCGAGAUUUACGAUUUCCACAAAACCCUCAAGGAAAUGUUUCCGAUCGAGGCUGGAGACAUAAGCCCGGAGAGCCGCAUCUUACCCCAUCUACCGGCCCCGCGCUGGUUCGACGGGCAGCGGUCCACUGAGAACCGGCAGGGCACGCUGAGCGAAUACAGCCACAUGCUCAUGAAUCUCCCCGUCAAGAUCUCCCGCUGCCCCCACGUGCUCGAAUUCUUCAAAGUCCGGCCCGAAGACCUGAAGCUCCCGGCGGAAGGACAGACGAAGCAGCCUGAGACAUUCCUGCUGCCCAAGGACACCAGGAGCAAUGCGGCAGACAUCACCGGGCCCAUCGUGCUCCAGACGUACCGCUCCAUCGCCGACUUCGCCAAGAGCUCGACCACCGAGAUGGCCCUGCAGGCCGGAGACCUGGUGGACGUGGUGGAAAAGGGCGAGAGCGGGUGGUGGUUCUGCCAGGCUAAGAACAAGCGAGGCUGGGUUCCGGCGUCGUACCUGGAGCCGAUGGACGGUCCAGACGAGUCCGAGGAGCAGGAGCCCAACUACGAGGGCGAGCCAUUCGUGGUGAUCCGAGGCUACACGGCCGUGGAGGACGACGAGAUGACCCUGCAAGAGGGCGAGGCCAUCGAGGUCAUCCACAAACUCCUGGACGGCUGGUGGGUCGUCAGGAAAGAGGAAGCCACGGGAUACUACCCAUCUAUGUACCUGCAGAAGUCGGGGCAGGCCCAAGCCAGGAGCCAGAGCAGAAUUCGGGGGGCUCCCCCGCGGCGGUCCUCCAUCGCCAACGCCAAGAGCAUCCACAAGCAGGCCCGGAAGCGCAUCAGCCAAGACACUUAUCGGCGCAACAGCGUCAAGGUCACCCAGCAGCGACGCCGACGGUCACGGCCCCAGAACCCAGGCGGCCCCAGCAAGGAAGACAGGAUGAAGGCCGAGCCGGCCGUGCCCCCGCGGCCCAGCCCGGAUCUGAUUCUGAACCGCUGCAGCGACAGCACCAAACGGAAACUCACGGCCUCCCCCUGAGCCCGCCCGCCCUCCGACCCUGCUGGCCCCACCGACUGACCCCCUCCAGCCCGCCAGGCCCCGCUGACCCCUGUGACCCCACCGAUCGACCCUGCUGGCCCCACCGAUGGACCCCUCCAUCCCACCAGGCCCCGCUGACCCCUGUGACCCCACCGAUCGACCCCGCUGGCCCCACCGACGGACCCCUCCAUCCCGGCAGGCCCCGCUGACCCCUUUGACCCCGCAAGCUACACCGAUCCCUCCGACCCCCUCGGCCCCUCUGACCCCACCGGCCCUUUCGGCCUGUCGGUGGGAGGUAGGGCUCUCCCCAGCAAGGAAGGCACCAUGGGGGUCCUCUCCUCCCUCCCCCCCAUCUCGGGCCAGGCCUUGGCUCCCCAGCCUGAGACACCCUAAAGUGGAUCCGGGGACCGACCCCCAUAGCUUCUCUAUCUGUAAAACGGGGAUUAAAACUGUGAGCUCCCGGUGGAACAACCUGAUCACCUUGUAACCUCCCCCGCGCUUAGAACAGUGCUUUGCACAUAGUAAGCGCUUAACAAAUACCAUCAUUAUUAUUGUUAUUAUAACACUGCCCCAUCCUACUCCUCCGGUCCUGGGCAGGGUGCCUCCUCUGGGAAGCCCCCCCAGGUUAAACCUCUCUUCCCCACCCACCCCGGCUCUGUGGACGGACGCCUAGAGUUCCUGGGCCGCUCUUUGGCCGGACCCCUGCCCCUGGGGCACUGGUUGGGCCAGUGCGGGGGGCCGGGGCGGAAGCCACUGGGAGAGAAGCACAGUAAACCUUGG